GAGCUUAGCACCGGGUGCUUAGGGCCUGGAGGAGGCGCCGCGCGGCGGAGGAGACAGCGGGAGGCCGCGCCGGGCAGAUUUCCGGAGCAGACCUAGAGCUUCACCAAGAAAAUUCAACUGGGAAACCAAGACUGAUAGACUCUCAUUUCUUCAGACAAUAGGCAGAAGCCACAGACCUCGGAUUUUUGUAACACCUGUUUUCCCUUUGGAGGACGCUAAAUUCUUUGAGAGGACAAAGGCAGUUCGUUAUGGCAACUGAACUGAAAGAACAGGAAGGAGCCAUUACUGUGAUUUGGUGACAGUUCUUCAAACUACCGUGUCUUAAGGAAAGCUGGAUAAAGAACUUCUGAACUUUUGAGUUCAUUAAGUGAAAAAUCAGCAUGGCUCAGGUAAAAAGCUCUCGCGUCCUCCUUCAAGACCGCUCACUGGGAAGCCUGUUUGCAGUGUCACUCUUGAAUUCUGCCUUAGUCAACAGUGUUGACCAUCCCCAGUGAGCCGAGCUCUGUAUUAAGCUCCAGGGGGAGAUCUAGAGGAAGGAAAGGAGACAGGCCUCCCUGCCUUCAGGGAGCUUCCAGUCAAAUGAAGGAGGUAGGCUAUACACCACGUCACAGGCACUGAUGUCGGUGGGCAAAGCACCUUACACUCUGUACUUCUGGCAAGUCUUCUGGCUUGUGAAGGCCUAGCGGGUGUGAGUUUGGUUCCCACUGCAGCCAGCAAGAAGAUGAUGCUAAACCAGAUUGCCAGCAAGCAGGCGGAAAAUGGCGAGCGGGCAGGUAGCCCUGAUGUGCUGAGGUGCUCGAGUCAGGGCCACCGAAAAGACGCUGAUAAAUCCCGGAGCCGCAAAGACGAUGACAGCUUGGCCGAGUCCUCCCAUUCGAAAAAGACUGUUAAAAAGGUGGUGGUAGUGGAACAAAAUGGCUCUUUCCAAGUAAAGAUCCCAAAAAAUUUUAUUUGUGAGCACUGCUUUGGAGCUUUCAGGAGCAGUUACCACCUCAAGAGGCACAUCCUGAUCCACACUGGUGAGAAACCAUUUGAGUGUGAUGUAUGUGAUAUGCGUUUCAUCCAGAAGUACCAUCUUGAACGCCACAAGCGUGUGCAUAGUGGUGAGAAGCCUUACCAGUGUGAACGAUGUCAUCAGUGUUUUUCUCGGACAGACCGACUACUCAGACACAAGCGGAUGUGCCAAGGAUGCCAGUCCAAGACGUCUGAUGGGCAGUUUUCUCUAUAGGCACGGGGGCCCACCGAAGAGCACAUCCCUCUGCUCUGAUGGCCCUACCACCACUCCCUCUGAACCUGUCCCCCUUCCUAAAGGAGUGGCCCCAGGUGAGCAGACGAGACCAUCGGAGGACAGCGGCUCCAGAGCCUCAGCUCUGUAAAUAGUCUGAGACUGUACGACUCUCAGGAGUUUCGGCAGCAUUCCUGGGCAGGGAGCUGGUCCCGGGACCCUUACCUGAGGACUGAAAUGUUCCCACAAUCUUGGACUGGAACUGGCAGCUGAAAUGAAAAGGACUGAGGAGGGGAAUUUGUUCUGCUCUUGUUUUUGUUUAUCCAGAAGUGAUUACAGCAGGUAAACAGGGGACACAGAUAAUCUGGAGACACAAAGUAAGGACUGUGGCUGGCCCAGCCGUUUUUGUUACCGUAGGCCUUCGGUGGUCCACAGCCCUUCAUCUUACUUCCUGUGUGAAAGAAAAUAGGACCAGGACUGGCAGCUAAGCUUACUUGGACUUGAUAUACACUGUGCGGACAGAAGGAGAGGCUGGAGGAGCAGUGUGAGCUGACAAGAAGAGUGGGCAUCCCUUUUUCUCUCCUCAUAAGAGCAGUGUUGUGCCCAUGGCUGUUGUCAUGGUUUGUGCAACACCAGUGCCUGAUGGGGUCAGCUCAAGUGCCUUUUGGAGGAAGCUUGGGUAGGGUAGCCCAUGCAGCCCUUUUGUCUGGGAAGUUGGUCUUGGUUAUGGUUUGGGGCUACCUCACUGUCCUUGACAGAGGCAGCAGUUGAGCAGAGAGCUGUGGUUGUCAAGUGGACUGUCCCCUUGUGCCGUCUUAGAACAACUAAGGAUAGUGCAGAGUUGCCAACAACUGUUAGAGACGCAAACGUGACGGCCCUGAUGUGACUUGUGUGAUAGAGCCCCUUCCUGCCCAAGUCCUGUGGCGGUUCAAGUAGUGGAGGUGGAAGUCUGGUCUUCAGUCCCAAAGAACAUGAACUUGGCUUCCUCCCUGAUAGGCAUCCCUAUCCAUCAAAGUAGAGGAUGCCGCAGAGGAAGGAGCCUAAUGUCUGUUUUAUUCUUGACCUUAUUCUGUUCCGAACCCCAUCUUGUCUACCCCUGAGAAAGUGAUGAGGUGCGUGUCUUUGUCUGAUUUGUGGGUCUUUGUGUAUUUGCUUGGAAGGGAUAAAAAUUAUUGAGCCAAAUUUAUUCGGCCACCAACUUAGAGGACAGAAAGCAUAGAG